GAUCCAGAACUAUUUGCACAUGAUGCAUAUAGAAAACAAGCGUACAGUCAUCUCACAACCAUUGAUGUCGUCUCAGACAGGUGGAAACCUUGGUCUCUAAGACUAGGCUAUUGUAGGCAGUUCCCAUCAUUUCCUUAUUUAUGGCUUAAUUCCCUUGGAACCGGUGGAUCCAGUUGAGUAUUUCGCUCUCAUCGAUUGUCCCAAGUGUUGAACAGUCACAUGUUUCAGUUCACUAUGUCAAAGCAGUUUCAGAUCAGAAGACGAAAUCUAAUAGUCGGGGGAAAGGCGCUUAGACGCGUGUGAAAUGGAAAAGCUGACGGGCUUGUUCAGCGUAAAGGAAGUCACCAAACCAUACAAACCCAGCAAGCAGCUUGCUUCCUAACUUUUUUUCUUCUUUUUUCGUAUUGGUGCACGAUCGUCCCCUGUUUGUGGCCAAUAUGAGCUACAUGUGAACAUGACAGUCAUCAGAAGACUUCAACUAGAGUCUAACACUUGACUCUAAAAACCCUCAGAGAUUGGAAAUACUUUCACCCAUUUUUUUACGCAAGGAUUUUUUGGGGACGCUUAAUCUACUUGCGUUUUCACAGGGGGGAGACCAGAAAAAAAGUUCUGCCCCUGACUAUGGAGAUGGAGGCGUUGAAUGGCUACAUUGCAAGUAACGGCGACUGUUCUCCCAAGAAGGAGAACUUGAGAAUGCUGGUGGACCUGUCGACCAACACACCCAAUGGACAGCAUUCCCAAAGUCCGGAUUUUCCACCUGCACAUCAAAUCAAACAAGAGGAAGGUACUGAGGAGGAUACGGAGAGACGGCCCAGUGGUCCAGAUGAGACAGGUCACAGUGGUGAGGAAGGAUCUGGAUUGGAGGAGCCGAUGAUUGACAGCCCAAACAACCUACAAGACGCAGGGCCAGGAUCAGAAGCACAAAGUGAAGCAGGGAUAAGGCCACCUAAUGGUAAAUAUAAUGGUGACAGGCCAUUCCAGUGUAACCAGUGUGGAGUGACAUUUACUCAGAAGGGCAACCUGCUGCGACACAUCAAACUCCACACGGGAGAGAAGCCCUUCAAAUGCCCGUUCUGCAGCUAUGCAUGCCGUCGCCGUGACGCCCUGACUGGACAUCUGCGCACACACUCAGUUGGUAAACCACACAAGUGUAACUACUGUGGGCGGAGCUACAAACAGCGCGCGUCAUUGGAGGAGCACAAAGAACGGUGUCAUAAUUACUUGCAGAGUGUCGGCAUGGACUCCGCCUCCAAUUCUGGCCCAUAUCCAGGGGAGGUCCCAAAAGAGCAGAGGUCCCUGGAUUCAGCCGGCUUGACAGCUUUCGACCGGCCACCUGUAAUUGAAAGACUGCAGGGGAAUGUGGGUAAACGGAAGAGCACCACGCCACAGAAGUUUGUGGGUGAGAAAAUGGUUCGCUAUCCGUACCCUGAGCUGAACUAUGAGAUGGGUCUAAAGUUUGAGAAGGAAGCUGAAAUGAUGCAAGCCCAAAUGAUGGACCAUGCCAUUAGUAAUGCCAUCAACUACCUGGGAUCUGACUCUCUAAGGCCUGUGGUCCAUCACCCAUCCCUCUCCAUGGCUGAGGUGGUACCUAUGGUGAACCCUCUCUUCCAUCCAGUCUAUCCGCUUGGCCCGCGCAUGGAUCGGCCGAGCAGUCGCGAAGCUCCUCCUCUGCCCCACACUAACCCUGAGUUCCAACACCCAACCAAUGGAGCAAUCUCAUUGGUCAGACCCAAGAAUCCUCAAUCAGGGCGAGACGGGUCACCUUGCAACAGCGGACAGGAUUCAGCCGAUUCGGCACGGAGCAGCCCCAGGGACAAGCUCAGUGUCCGCAGCACCGGGCCCAGAUCUAGAUCCAGUUCGGGUUUUGGCCGGGCAGAAGAAGGCAGGUCAAUCGAUGUGGUGCGUUUUGGCAUUGGGGAUGGGGUCCGCGUCUUCAGCCGUGGGGGUCAGGAGCUGAGGGUGUUCCAGUGCGAACACUGCCAUGUUCUUUUCCUGGACCACGUCAUGUACACCAUCCACAUGGGAUGCCACGGUUACAGAGACCCACUGGAGUGCAACAUCUGUGGCCACUGCAGCAAAGAUCGCUACGAGUUCUCCUCACAUAUCGUCCGCGGGGAGCAUACCUUUCGUUAAGAGCCCCAGACUCUCUUGCCAUCAGCCAUUCACUGCAAAAAUUUAAUAAUAAUAAUACAAAACAUUUUAAUCAGUAAUUUUGUCUUGUUUUCCAGGAAAAAUGCCUAAACUUCCUUUAAACAAGAAACACUUUCUUGAGAAGCAAUUAAUCUGAAACGUUACGUAAUAACUCAUUUUCGUAUGUUUUUUUGUUUUUUAUGUUUUAAGCCUAAAUGUAAUACAAUUUAGUGAGGAUAUUUCUUAAAACCAGAAAAAAAGAUAAUAUUUACCAAUAGGUUAAAGGUGCACUCAAUAAUUUUUUGAAGAAUUUCGAAGGAUGGCUUGCACUGUCACCUAGUGACCUGGAUGCUACAAACACAGUAGUUUUCAGUUACCAAUGUCAUUGUAGAAAUUCACUAUGCAGAGUAAACCAGGAUUAAUUUAAUCCAUGAGUGAAAGUGUCCAAUAACAUCCCAUGACUGAGAUGAAUCUAGUAGUAUAUAGGUGGUCAUGUGAUGCUAACAUGGCUGUCCCCGUGAGGCACCCCUGCUCCAUGUAGAAUAAAAGAGCUUUAAUAAGGUUACUAAUAUAACUGAUCUCUUCAUCUCAUACGAGUACUCAUAAUUUUAUUCUUAUGUUUCAAAAUUACUAUUUGUUUCUUUAGAAGUUUUUUUAAUGAGGAAAUAAAUUACUGUGUGCACAUUUAAGGAUAAUAAACUCAUACAUGUAUUUAUUUUAACAAGACUUAAAAGGAUAGUUUAACAAAAAAAUUACAUCUGAAAUCAUUUACACACCCUCUUUUUGUUCCACAUUAAAAUUACUUUCUUUCUUUCUUUCGUGGAACACAAUAUUAGAUGUUUGGCAGAAUGUUAGCCACAGUCAACAUGCAUUGUCAUUGUAUGGCAAAAAGAUGAAAUGAAAGUGAAUGAUGACUAAGGCUAACAUUCUGCCUAACAUAUCUCCUUUUAAGUUCCAUGGAAAAAUCUAUUUUUGCACUAUGAGCUUCAUACCUUGGAAAAUCAAGGGGGUACUUAUUUUCGGAUGUAUUUCCCCAAAUUUUGCCACUCAAGUAAAUGUAUCUUGUUUUAAAUGUGACUAAAUAUUUUAGCUGGAAAAUAAGACCACAAUACUGAUUAAGAAAAAUAAUAUUUGCAGUGCAAUCCAUGAAUCCAUGGAAGUUUCCAGCAGACAGCAUGUAAUGAGGCAAACAUGCUCAGCUGAAGCAUUACGUGAGCAGCAAUCAGCAGAUAUAUGAAGGUUUGGGUCCAAUAGAUAUAUUUUCAUUUUGGAGCUGUUUGAAUAUUUGUGUUUCGGGUGAGGGGAUGAGUAUGUUUAUGAUGUGAAUGUUUCAUUUGACUUGUUUAGUUUUUUUCCCCCACACAUAGCGAUUCCCAUUCUAUGUUUAACUGUUGUACGUAUAUUCUAGCAGAGCAGCUAUAUGUUAUCUAAAGUUGUGAAGUUCUUUCACUUUUUGUUGACUGUAUUUUAUCAGAGUAUCUCAAUGCAGCCUGAUCUCAUGUAAAAUUCGGCAAGUGUGUGCCGAUUUUUCUUAAGCCAAAAUUGGUAUACUUUGACCGAAUUUGAAAACACUGCCUCCAGAGGCUAAAGCGAUAAAUGUUUCAGAGCAUAUAAGCAAGUGUGACAUCCAUUUAUAUCCAGGGUGUGAAACAGUGAAGAGAAAUGCUUAUUUUAUUUAAUCUACCCCCCAACAAAACCCAAAUCUAACCAUAACCAUUAGUAGAGACAAAAUGUAAUGUUAAGGAUAAAAUGCAACCUCCUUAUCACGCUCGUGAUUGUUUAUACAAACAAGAUUACCUCCUCAUUUGAAUGGGGAUUGAAAUGUGGUCUCCCAUGCAACUGACACAACGCUCUACCAGUCAUGCCACGAGGGAAAAUAAUUGUUGUGGAGCCGUUCCAAAUAUGUCCAAUGGGAGAUAGGACAUGUCAUUGAGUCGGCAUACUGUUGACGAUCUUAGGGUUCCGGAACUUUCGGAAACAGCAUGCCAACAUCCCGUGUGAUCAUGUUGCUCGAUGCAUGCUGCCAUUCCUGUUUCACGGACCUCAAUCAGUUUUACAGGUAAAUGGAGCACAGUAUGCAACAGAGGAACACUGGAGAAUUAAACAAUGCUUAGCACAGCGAACAAAAAUGACUUUAAUUCAGAGCUUCAUGCUGCUGUGGCUUCUCAGUGCCUUGCUGUUUUGACUGGCACAAUUUUGCCUUUUUAUAUAGUGUUUUGUAUCUUUAAAUUGUCUUAAAAUAUAUCAUGAGUCAUCCCCAUUCUAUGAAGUUCCUGGGGUACCCUACAGAAGCAGACCUUGUUAUAUAGUGAAGGGAUAGUUCACCCCAAAUUGAAGAUUCCUCAUUUCAUUAAAAACCAAUGUCAUUCCAUGGAACACGAUAGAGGAAAUUUAGAAGAAUAUACUGGUUGUUUUUAUCCAUGCAAUUACAAAGAAUGGGGACUGCAGCUUUCAAUCUUAAGAAAAAAGGACCAUGAAUGCAUGAAAAAAGUGGUCCAUAAUACGUACAGUACAAACUACAUAUGCAUGUCUUCUGAACACAUAUAAUAGCUUUGAGUGAGGAACGGACCAUAAUUGAAGUUUCAUUUCAUUUUUGGGUGAACAAUCCCUUUAAAGAUGUACGGGCUGAAGUUUCAGAUUUUGUGCUGCUGUCCUCUUCCCACUCUCAUUCUCAUGUUGGUGCUAUGCUAAUUUUACAAAAGCAGUUCUUUUGGAUGGUUUGGUGAAAUUUGGACACAAUUUUAUGAAGUGUUGAUGACAAUCUCUAUUUGUCUCAGUGAUUUUAAUGGAAGAUAGCAUGUAACAACAUGUUUCUAGAGAUAUUUUGCCAUUCCGAUACAGACAAAUGAGUUUCCUGUGCUAUGUUUUUGCUACUGUUGCACGGUUACUGUCAUCUGUUGCAUUAUUAUGCACUCGGCUUAAAACAGCACUGUGACGUGCCUUGAUAAACCUGUUUUUGCACUAUUAGCUUGAGGCCUUGGGCAAAAAUAUGUUAUUUCCAUGCUAUUGAUAAAACAAACAAAGAUCAGUGUGUAGUUUAGCUGUUCACAUCACUGGUGUAAAUUGUUAUGUGUGAUUCAACAAGCGAACAAGUCACAGCCAGUAGUUGUAACUGCUACACCUGUAGUUUCACCAACGUGUUUUAAUAACAGGGUUGCCAUGCAUACCUUUGAUGGAAAUCGAUGAAUUUCAUUCAGCCUUCAGACCAAAUGCCUCAUUAUUGUCUCUGAACCAUCUUAAUAAUUUUUUAAUUAAACACUUUUUACUUUCCUCAGUGUUACAGAAGAUACUUAGGAAAGGGAUUAGAGAGCUUUCAUUUUAUGUGAAGAUAAACAACCCUAUUAGCGAGUGCAGUUAAUUCUUAGUUAGAGGACCUACCCAUUAUCUUUUGUAGACCAGAAGAUACAAACAAAUAACCAAAGCACAAUGGAAAAAAAAAUAAAAUAAAUGUCAAGUUAAUGGAACAUUGCAGAUCUUUAAAAUCAGAUGACACAACAAAGGCAUUUAGACUUUGCUAAUACAUCUUAAAAGAUUGCAUUCUAGAUUUCAUCACCAACCCAGACUGCAUGAGAGCUUCGCAGAUAAAAAUGCGGUUUAUUAAUCAGACAAUGUUUAGCUCCCCCAACCCUUUAAAAUUUUCCGUUGUUCGGUGCAGUGAAAAGCAGAAACCCUGUUUACUUUUUGUUCAUAUUGUUUUCAGGGCAUUGAAACAGGGCAUAAAAUGCAGGCUGUUUAUUUUGACAAUGUUCAAAUGUACAUAUUGCUGUUUUCACCAAACCGUUUAUUUUCCCUUCCUGUUUCUCUUCCCUUUUCACAUGUUGUUCUAUUCUUUCUUUCUUUUUUUACACAUUAUCUAAAAAUGUUAUAGAAUAUUUACAUUAAGCACUCUGUAGCACAACUCAUAAAUUAUUUAGCUUUAAUCGAUGUACACAGCUCAUGAUUGUUGGGCAUUUCUUUGUUUGGUCAGUGCUAAACGAGCCUUACACCACUAUCUUUUAAGAGUGACUUUUGUGCUCAAAAACUGUGAAUAUACCCUUUAAACAUUUUUAGGAAAUAAAUAUAAAAGACAUAGAAUAGCACUGAUAGAAACACAUUUGUUUUGUUUGAACAUGUCAUUUUGUUUUUUUCAUUCCAAAUAAUGUCAUAAAUCAAGCAUACACACACCGCCUCUUAAUUCCUGGAACAUUUUGAAGAAUUGUAGUUGUUCUUGUGAAGCAUGAAUAUGUUUAGGCAUUUUAGCUUUAUUUUAAUUUUUUGGUGUCUUAUGCUGGCACGAUAUUGAAUGUGUUCCACAAUUCCAGGGCAUUUUAUGAAAUUAUUAUCUUAGAUUUUAUUAUUAUUAUUAAUAGACAUAGUUGAACCUUUUUUGUUGUUGUUGUUGUCCCCCACACCCCCCAAAAAAAAGAAAAAUUUGAAGGAAACAUUGAUGUAAAACUAUGUUUACAACUGAACGAACAAGAGCACACAAACAAAACGUGUUCUUACAAUGACUCCAUACUUUUGGGAGUGGAGAGUACUUGAAGUUACACGAAAGGCACUCAAGAGUCAGGUUUUACUUUUUACCUUAAAGUGUAUAGGACUGCUAUUUUUCUCAUCUUUGUAAAUAUAUAAAUAUAUUUUUUUUUCUUGAGAAAAAAGGUGUUUUUUAAAAUGUUCUUAUUCACUGUGGAACUUACAAACAGUAAAACAAGUGUUUGCAGUGUAUUUUUAUAUAAGUGAAUAAAUGUAUGAAAUAUAUACAUUAUAUUUUGGUAAACAGUGUUGAAAAGGGGUUAUCCUUUGUUGUGUGUUGUGUAUUUUCUCAGGUUCAGUGUUGUCAAAAGCUUUUCAUAAGAACUAUUGGUAUUUGUAUGGAACUGUAAGAAAGAAAUAAUUAAUAUUGAAUCGUUUGGUCAUAUUUGGCUCUAAUUCCAAAGUCAAAUUAUUAUAUGAGUAUAUAUAUAUAAGACCAGGAUUUAUUGGCAUCCUUGAGAAAAGUGUCUUGUUCUGUGUUGGUUUUUAAAGCAUGGGCUUUUCUGCAUUAAAUACUAUUAGAAACUUUGCUUGCUUGUUGCCUUCUAUUCCUUCUGAUUUUCAAACAGAGUUUUCACUCGAUUGUCUCAAGUUUGUACGUGCCUAUCUGUGUGUGUGUGUAGUUUAUAUUGUUUCUUGUAUCUCUCUCAAUCUUGUUCUGAGCAACCAUAUGUUGUCUUUUAUAGACAUACCUUCUAUGGAGGACUUGUGGUUUUAGUCAAAGGCCAUCUCUUUCCUUUCCACUGUCCUUCUCCGGUUUGCAAACAUGCUCCUCAGCUCAAUAGAGCAUAUACUGUAUUACAUUCACAAUACAAAUAAAU